ACGCCAUUUACACCCGUAUGUGGUCUGUGCAUAUUUUCAGCGAAAAAGUAAAGAGGUAAAUCAUAAAUACUGGUUUAGACCAAAAACUUGAUUGAUCUUUGAAAAAUGUCUGAAGGUAAAUUGCGGUUUGCGAUAGAUCGUGGUGGGACGUUCACUGACAUAUGGGCUCAAUGCCCCUCAGGCAAAGUCACUGUGAUGAAGCUAUUGUCAGAGGACCCACAAAAUUAUAGAGAUGCCCCCAGGGAGGGUAUCAGAAGGAUACUAGAACAAGAAACAGGAAGUACUGUUGCAGCAGACGAGCCAAUAGAUGUGUCCAAGAUAGAGUGGAUUCGGAUGGGAACCACUGUAGCAACCAAUGCCUUGUUAGAGAGGAAGGGAACCAGAAUGGCACUGGCUAUUACCAAAGGGUUCAAGGACCUGCUGCAUAUUGGGAAUCAAGCUAGACCAAGCAUUUUUGACUUGGAGAUCUUGAGCCCAGAUCAGUUGUAUGAGGACGUGAUUGAGAUAGAGGAAAGGCUAGUACUUCAAAAUGAUAAAUGUGAAAUUCGUAAACCCAGUCCUGUUGUUGAAGGGCAAACCAAAGAAAAGCUAGAAGUUUGGACAGUUAUUAAUGAAACAAAACUGAGGGAGGAUCUACAGAAAUUGCUCAAUAAAGGAAUCACAAGUCUGGCUGUAGUUCUUAUGCACUCUUACAUAUAUGAUGCCCAUGAGAGGAAGGUAGGCGCUAUAGCAAGGGAAAUGGGGUUCACACAGGUAUCAUUGUCGUCUGUUGUCAUGCCGAUGGUCAGGAUUGUGCCAAGGGGCUAUACAGCAUGUGCUGAUGCGUAUCUUACUCCACAUAUAAAGAAAUACAUCAAAGGCUUUGCUUCAGGAUUUAAAGGUGGUAUUGAGAACAUGAGAGUUUUGUUUAUGCAGUCUGAUGGAGGAUUGACUCCAGUUGAAUCGUUUUUAGGAUCUCGAGCAAUACUAUCAGGCCCUGCAGGAGGUGUGGUUGGCUAUGCUCUAACAACGUAUCACAAAGAGACCGACAUGCCAGUCAUUGGAUUUGAUAUGGGUGGUACAUCAACUGAUGUGAGCAGGUAUGCUGGACAAUAUGAGCAUGUGUUUGAGACAACCACUGCAGGUGUCACUAUACAGGCUCCACAGUUGGAUAUCAACACAGUGGCAGCAGGAGGAGGUUCCAUGUUGUUUUUCCGCUCAGGGAUGUUUGUUGUGGGUCCAGAAUCUGCAGGGGCCAACCCAGGACCUGUCUGUUAUAUGAAAGGGGGACCUUUGACGGUGACUGACGCCAACCUUUGUCUAAAUAGACUUUUACCACAGUACUUUCCUAAAAUAUUUGGUAAAACCCAGGAUCAGCCUCUUGAUGAUGCAGCUACCAGAAAAGCAUUUGAUAAACUUGCUAAAGAGGUGAAUGAGUUUAUGCAGAGCCAGGGAGAAAGUUCUAGUAAACAAUCAAUGACAGUUGAGGAGGUUGCUAUGGGAUUUAUCAAGGUUGCUAAUGAGACAAUGUGUCGUCCAAUCAGAGCUCUUACACAGGCCAAAGGUCAUGAUACAUCUCGCCAUAUAUUGGCAUGUUUUGGAGGUGCUGGAGGACAGCAUGCCUGUGCUAUAGCAAGAAGUUUGGGGAUGACACAGGUUUAUGUACAUAGGUAUGCUGGUAUCCUGUCAGCCUAUGGUAUGGCUCUGGCUGAUGUUGUACAUGAAUCUCAGGAACCUAGUGCUGCAAAAUACUCAAAGGAUUCUGUGAGUUAUUUAGAUGAAAGGAUCUGUCAGCUGUCUGCUCAGUGCAAACAAGAAUUGUUGAAUCAAGGUUUUAAAGAAAAUCAGAUUGAAACAGAAGCCUAUUUACAUAUGCGGUAUGAUCGUACAGACUGUGCUCUCAUGUGCUCUACUGAGAACCAUCCAGCAAAACAGGGAACCAGUCGCUAUGGUGACUUUAGAGCAGCUUUCCAAGAAAGGUAUCGCACAGAGUUUGGGUUUACCCUGCCAGACAGACCGAUCAUUGUAGAUGACAUACGUAUCCGAGGUGUGGGGAAAGCUUUAACACAGGGUGAACAUAACAUUCCAGAAGCAACUGGACCUCCUCCUGUAGAACUGGUGAGUAGCUGUUACUUUGACAGUGGUUGGCAAGACACAAAUGUAUAUAUACUGGAACACCUUGGAGCUGGACAUGUCAUUGAUGGACCUGCAAUCGUCAUGAAUGGAAACAGCACAAUACUGGUGGAACCAACCUGUCAAGCUGUAAUAACCAAGUCUGGUGACAUCAAGAUCACAAUAGGGUGUGGUAUGGUAGAGAAAGUUGGUAAAGAUUUAGAUAUGAUCCAGUUGUCUAUAUUCUCACAUAGGUUCAUGAGUAUAGCUGAACAGAUGGGCAGGGUGUUACAAAGAACUUCAAUUUCUACAAAUAUAAAGGAGAGGUUAGAUUUCUCAUGUGCUAUGUUUGGUCCAGAUGGAGGGCUGGUUGCUAAUGCUCCCCAUAUACCCGUCCACUUGGGAGCCAUGCAGGAAACUGUACAAUAUCAGAUGAAAACAUUAGGAGAUGAUAUAAAACCAGGUGAUGUGAUUCUGUCCAACCAUCCUCAGGCAGGAGGCAGUCAUCUGCCAGACCUAACAGUCAUAACACCGGUAUUUUACCCAGGUGAACCACAGCCGGUAUUUUUUGUGGCCAGCAGGGGCCAUCAUGCAGAUAUAGGGGGAAUAACUCCGGGGUCUAUGCCACCACAUUCCAAGUACCUACAUGAGGAGGGUGCUGUGUUUAAGUCUUUCAAACUGGUCAAAAGUGGAGAAUUUCAAGAGCAAGCUGUGACAGAAGAACUGAAUGCCCCCUCUCAGUAUCCAGGCAGUAGUGGAACACGUAAUCUCCAUGAUAACCUCAGUGACCUCAAGGCUCAAGUAGCAGCCAAUCAGAAAGGCAUCAGGCUUAUUAAAGGUCUUAUUGAUGAGUAUAGUCUAGAUGUUGUGCAGGCUUACAUGGCACAUAUACAGAAUAAUGCUGAAGUGGCAGUGAAGGACAUGUUAAGAGAGAUAGCGAGGAAGACUGAAUUACGUACAGGCACUACAACACUACAUGCUGUAGAUUACCUGGAUAAUGGUGCUGAAAUCAACCUCAGUGUCAUCAUUGAUGGUGCUAAGGGAACAGCAGUGUGUGACUUCUCAGGUUCAUCCUAUGAGGUAUAUGGAAAUUUGAAUGCUCCAAGGGCAGUAACUCUGUCAGCACUGAUUUACUGUCUGAGAUGUAUGGUCGGCCAUGAUGUCCCACUUAAUCAGGGCUGUUUGAAGCCGGUAUCUGUGAUAAUACCUGGGGGAAGUAUUCUAGAUCCUAGCGAGAAUGCUGCAGUGGUAGGAGGCAAUGUGCUUACCUCACAGAGAAUUGUAGAUGUUAUACUCAAAGCUUUUGGAGUGUGUGCUGCAUCACAGGGUUGUAUGAAUAACAUUACAUUUGGAGACAGUGAGUUUGGUCACUAUGAGACUGUAGCUGGAGGAGCAGGGGCUGGACCGACCUGGAAUGGGAGAAGUGGUGUUCACACUCAUAUGACAAACACACGAAUAACUGAUCCUGAAAUCUUGGAAAGAAGGUAUCCAGUAGUGCUGAAGAGAUUCCAUCUGAAUCCAAAUACCGGAGGGAGGGGGCAGUACUGUGGAGGUGAUGGAGUGAUUAGAGAGUACUUGUGGAGGAAAUCUCUCACUCUGUCUGUCCUUACUGAACGGCGAGUCUUCAGCCCAUAUGGACUUCAUGGUGGUCAUGAUGGACAAAAGGGAUUAAACCUGAUGAUCUACAAAGAUGGAAGAAUUGUGAAUGUAUGUGGGAAAACAUCUGUAGACUGCAGUGCAGGGGAUGUGUUUUUACUGCAAACACCUGGCGGGGGUGGAUAUGGGACGGUAGAUGGGCAGACAGAUGAAGAACCAGACAGAAAGAGGAGAAAAGUAGGAAAACAAACGUCUACAUUGACCAAGGUGGGGACAGGCAGCUUGUAUGACUACAAAAGGUCGCAAGAAUCUGUUUGAAAUAAAAGAUAUCAAUUUUUAGUGAUGAAAAAUAAUUGAGAAACUUUAUACUGUAAAGGGAGGAAUUGUUGCGUUAGUCUUCCUGAAAAUGAAUUCUUGCAAAAUUGCUGUAAUUUUUCUAUGUGUUUAACAAGUUGUUCAUAAUUAUUGUUGUGAAUAUUUUACCACAAAUCCAAAGUUGAUUUCAGAUAUAGCAAAGUUUUAGCCUUGCGAAAAUAUCUGAUUUUACAAUUGUUAACUAGUUAUAGAUCAAUGACAUAUCAUUAUGUUGAAAUGCUGCUGGCACAUUGUAUUUGUAAAAAUGUCUUUGUAAUAGUCCUAGCUGACUAGAUCAUAUCUUGUUUUUGCACACUAUCAUUUCUGAAUUAAUAAUUAUUUUGAUAAAUUUAUUACAGAAGUGAUUUAGUUACACCAAUACCCAGUUUUAAAAAAUGUGCAUUUAAUAUCUUUGCUCUGCUGAGAGUAAUGACAGAAAUUAUUAUAUGGGCCUUUAAGUGGCAGAGGCAAGUUUCGUACUUUUUGCCUGGAUUCCCACAGAAUUAAAUUAAUAGAUGAAUUUUGUAGGCAUUCAUCUGGUUAUUUCUGAUGAUUAAUCGUAAGGAUUCUUGCAAAAUGAGUAUUUUUGUGUAAAAUUAUUGAAUGCGUGAUUUGAAUUCCCAGACUCUGAAGCGAUGGAUGAGUGUGCUCUUUUGGUUAUUUUUAAAUAAUAAGCUGAUACUUAACUCGUUUUCAUCAUAUAAACAACGGAAUGAGCAGACUGAAAAUGACAUGCGAUGAAGCAGUAGGUAUGGGCUAAACAUUGUCUCUCCACACAACAUCGUUGCUUCUCACAAAACUAGAUUUUUAUAUAUUUUUUCUGAUAUUAUUCUCAAAGUGAUCUGCAAUAUGUCAUUAUUAAAAUACUAAGAUUCAUACACUGUUUGCAGUUUGUUUACCUUGCUUGUAGUAAUAAUUGUUGUAUCUGGCAUAUAUCCUACCUCUGUUUGAUAAAUUAUUUGAUUGAAAUAUACUUCUUAAUAUAUAUUUAUGUAAUAAGCAUAUACAUAUUUUAGGGAUCUGGUGUUGUUACUUCAUUUUAUGAAAAAUGGUGUUUUACGCAUGUUUCAGUUUGAUUAAUAUAAUCAUUUGUAAUAUAAAUGGUUUAUGUAUGGUUUCAUUUAUUAUUUAUUUCUAAUGAAGAUCUGUAUUUUAAUUCUUAUUGUUAAACAGCUGUUUAAGUCUGGUUUAUGGUUUUACAUAUAUUGAAUAUAUCACCAUUUUACAUUCUUCUUAUAUCCAAGGUUAUGUUAUAUGGCUGAUGCUACUACUAUUGAAAUAAUUCAAUAAACAGAUUAUUUAUGUGAAAAGUUUCAUUUCAGUUAUUA